UCCGCCCUGUGCCGCGCCUCACCUGCUUGGGCUCCCCAUUGCCCCCUCACCUGUCCCUGCCCUGUGCCGCCGCCUCACCUGCCCGGGUUCCCCGUUGCCCCGUCUCCUGCCCCGGCCCCGCGCCCCUCGCCCUGGCGGCCAGGCGGUCACAAUCGCCCAGGGUCGCGUCAACACGCAGCCUCCGCCCGCCUGGCAGCCCCGUCCAGUCCCCGUCCCCUCCCCGUCCUGCGCCAGCGGCUGGAGCGGACCUCCCGUCGGCGGUGCCUGGGCCUGGGCGCGGCUCUGCAGGCGUCGCUGCCCGCGCUGCCGCAGCCUCUCGGCCCCGGCGAGCGAGGAGCGGGGCGCGGCUAUGGGAACCCGCGGGCCCUCCGCCCUGGUGGACACCACGCCCGCCAAGACCAUCGUGGUGUACCGCAACGGGGACCCGUUCUACGUGGGCAAGAAGUUCGUGCUGUCGCGGAGCCGCGCGGCCACCUUCGAGGCGCUGCUGGAGCAGCUCACGGAGCAGGUGGACGUCCCGUUCGGCGUGCGCCGCCUCUUCACGCCCACGCGUGGGCACCGGGUGCUGGGGCUGGACGCGCUGCAGGCGGGCGGCAAGUACGUGGCGGCGGGCCGCGAGCGCUUCAAGGAGUUCGAUUAUAUUCAUAUAGUUCCCCAAAAACCUGCAAAGAUAAGGAAGUUGAAGGAAAUCAAACCGGUGGUGCAUUGUGAUAUAAACGUGCCUUCCAAGUGGCAAACAUAUCAUCGUAUAUCUCGACAUAUAAAUGUUUUUACAAAUGGAAGAUUAUUUAUUCCACCUGCAAAAAUCAUUAUACCCAAAUUUAGUCUGUCCGAUUGGGACAUCGUGCUGGCCACGAUCGGAGAAAAAGUCUUCCCUCUAGGAGGCGUUCGGAAAUUAUUUACAAUGAAUGGGCAUCUUUUGGGCGACUCAAAGGAUUUGCAAGACAAUCACUUUUAUGUUGCUGUGGGACUGGAGACCUUCAAAUAUUUUCCUUACUGGAAGUCUCCAAGGGUGCCCAGUGAGGUCCAACAAAGGUAUGCGAAUGUUGAAAAAAACUCACAGAGAAAGAAAAAAGUGGACUCCAAAGGAAAAGAAGCUUGUAAAUAUGAUGGCAUACCCCCUAAAACACAGGAUUCUGUUUAUUAUGCCAAAGAAGAAAAGAAGAAAACAUUGGCAGAACCUUUAGUCCAAAGGGGUGCAGAAGGUGACGUGUAUAAAGCACCGACUCCUAGCAAGGAAACCCAAGGGGCGCUGGACGUCAAAGAGGAGCACAACGUGCAGCUGGAGGUGCCUGUGGACCAGAGACAAGCUGAGAUAGUUAAAGAAGAUGAAGAGAUACAUGAGAACACCCCUGAUUUUGAGGGCAACAAGGAUAAAGAACAUGCAAGGCUUUGUGAAGACGUUGAAAGAAAGAUUAUAAUAUGAACAUAUCGGUCACUUCCGACGGCCAAGCAGCACGACAGGAUGCCGUAGUGACAAGUUCCAGGUGCAACGUGUAUAAGAAGAUAAUUGUGACAUUUUUUCCCCCAAAGGCUUCAGAAAUCAAGUAUAAUUUUGAUCAACAAUAAAUGUGCUAUUAGUUAAAAAAAAAGUACCUAACAUAAGAUUUUUAGUAUUUGUAGUCAUCGAUUUGUGACAUGGUCUAUCUGGGUACACUUUGUAAGUUUCAGGACAAUGUUAUGCGUGAUCCUAUCAAAGCAAAGUCCUUUUAAAUGCAUGCUGGAGGAAACAUUCACAGCCUGUUAACAUCCUUUGUUAAAUGUUUUUCUUCCUUUCUUCCGUUUCCCUUUCUUCCUUCUUUCCCUCUCUUCCUUCCCUCCCUUCCUCCCUUCCUUCCCUCCCUUCCUCCCUUCCUCCCUUCCUUCCCUCCCUUCCUCCCUUCCUCCCUUCCUGCCUUCCCUCCCUCCCCCCAACCCUCCCUCUCUCCCCCCAACCCUCCCUCCCUCUCUCUCUCUUUCUUUUUCUGAGACAGGGUCUCCCUCUGUCACCUGCAAGCUCCGCCUCCCACGUUCAAAAGAUCUUAUGCUUCAGCUAACUGAGUAGCUGGGAUUACAGGCAUGGCACGCGUGCCACCAUACCCAGCUAAUUUUUUUUUUUUUUUUGUAUUUUUUUUAGUAGAGAAGGGUUUCACCAUGUUGGCCAGGCUGAUCUUGAACUCCUGACCUCAAGUGAUCCACCCACCUCAGCCUCCCAAAGUGCUGGGAUUACAGACGUGAGCCACUCUGCCUGGCCAAAUGUUUUCAAUGUGAUAGAAAAAUAGUGGGUUUUGUCUGCCUUUGAAACAUUUAUAUUUUAGCCCAUUGGAGAAACAAGAGUGAAAAACUGCCAAGCACCACACAAAACUCCACGUGGAAUCCAGAGGCCUUUUUCCUGCCCUAUUUCCAGACUUCCUUUGAACUGAGGACUGGCUCCUGUGCUUCUCUUGAAGAAAUGCCUUACAGUAAAUAGUACCAAUUCUCAUCAUUGCUCAACUUUAUACUGUAUUUAUUUAUAUUUAUGACUUGAUCUUUCACUCUUUUUCUAAUGCCAUGCCUCUAAUUGUUCUGUGAGUCACCUGUCUCAAGAAACAAUUACCCAUUCUGGUCAUCUGUUAAUGCUCUCAUCCUUCAGGAAGCAUGCUAUUAUAAUCAUGUCAUUUUCAAAUACUUUGCCUUUUUCCAAUUAUCCCCCAAGUUAUUUUGUGUUUGCAUUCAAGUUUUCAACAACUCUCCAUUGGAUGGUUAAUUUUUUCCUACUAAAUGCUCACUUUAUGUGUGGAGCACAUCUGCUUAUAUGUCUCCUCCUUCCCUGUCCGGGGGUACUGAUUGCUCAGAAUUUCUUAACUAACUAAGCCUGGGCAUUCUAGGGUUAAAGAAAGAGAGAUUUGAUCCUCUUGUGGCUUUUAGGCUUUGGUGUUUCAUGUUUUUGAAAACUAGGAAAUUUUUGACUUUGGGUGGAGUCAUAAUGACAAGAACAUAAGAAAAUAGAACAUAGUGGGUAACUUCAGAACAGUGGUUAUAGAACAGGAGUUAUCUAUGAUUGAUUAACGUUGUGUGCUGUUGCGUGCUUAUUUUCUUACAACAAAAAGAGAGUCAUGUCUAUUUUGCUUUUUAGUCUUCUUUUCUUUAUGACUGUACCUCAAAUCAUAGUGUGCUUAGAAAUUCAUUGAGGAUUGAAAUCCACCAGACUGACGAAGGGUCUUGAAGGAGAUAGGUCUUCCCAAGGAGGCUCUCGUGCUUCAGGUGCUCUACAGAAGCUGAGAAACUGUGCGCCUUCUGCCAGUGUUUACCCAGAAUGCCCCAGAUGAGAGCAGGUG